ACAAAGCCAACCUCGGCAAUCUCACUCUGACGAUCGUCUGGGAGACCAAAUUCCCUCCUGGACUACCCAUCACACAAUCACAUAUUGAUUUGAUCGAACGACAGCACCCUUUCAUUCGACCGAACGAUGCCUUCGCCCAAUCCCAACGCUCAGGCUCCCGAGCCGGAUUACGUCGAGCUUCCCACGAGGGAUACCUCUGGCCUCGAGUCGCCUGCACUCGGCGGCCCUGAAACCCCUCGUAUGGACUCGCCAGGUUUCAACAGCAACACCUUUUCCUCCCCCUCGGCUCAAGACCCGUUAUACCGUCCACCCUUCUCACCUCCCGCCGGUAUGGGCGCGCCGAGGGACUCGUUCAUGGCGCCCGCUCCCAGUUUCAUGAGUAUGGGGAGGAACAGUCGUCACGAUUCGUAUACCAGUUUCGACAGCGGCAAGGGGUUCGCUGCUGGAGAGAUCGACAAGCGGGGAAGUUAUGCCAGUGGUCUCACUGCAGAAGACCAGCGUCGAACGUCCGUCCUGGGAGCUUCGCCUUUGGCUGCCGGAGCCGGUCUUGCGGCUGGUGCGUCUGCCGCCGAUGCCAACGACAGCGUCCCGAAUCUCGGAUGGAGGACCGACCCCCAGGGUGAAGAAGCCCUUGCCGAGAAACCUAGAUGGAUGGGAGGAGCCGGAGCUGCCGGAGGGAAAAAGAAAAAGUGGUGGAUCAUUGGAAUCGUCGCUGGUGUCGUCGUCAUCGGGUUGGGCGUCGGACUCGGUGUCGGCCUGAACAACAAGCUGAACAAGUCGGACACUCACGUCCCUAUCGUCGAGGUCAUCGGAGGAUCCACGACGACGAGGAUGGUGCCCACCUCGACCUCGUCGUCUGCCGCUGCCGAACCCACACCGACGGGCCCCAUCCGAGGUGGAAACGGUUCCCUCGUCAAGCUGACCAACGGUACCGAGAUCACCUAUGUCAACCGACAUGGCGGCACCUGGGCUUACGACCCGACGAACCCGCUCUUGAACGACGCUCAACCCAACAAUUGGACCCGACCUCUGAACCAGACGUGGGACUGGGACCAGAUCAUCCACGGUGUCAACGUCGGAGGGUGGUUUGUUACGGAGCCCUUCAUUGUUCCCGGUCUGUACGAGGACUUCCCUACCGGACCCGCCGGAAAAUCGGUCGACGAGUACACCUUGACCCGAAACAUGGGUGACAAGGUCGAAGAGGCCAUGACGAGGCAUUACGAGACGUUCAUAACCGAGGUCGAUUUCAUGAACAUGGCCGCGGCCGGUUUGACCUGGGUCAGGAUUCCCAUCGGUUUCUGGGCGCUCGAGACGCAACCGGGCGAGCCUUUCCUCCAGGGCGUCGCUUGGAAGUACAUCGUUCAGGCGCUCGGAUGGUGCCGCAAGUACGGUCUGCGAGUCAAUUUGGACCUCCACGCUGCCGCCGGAUCGCAGAACGGGUGGAAUCACAGCGGACAUCUUGGUGUUGCCAAUUGGAUGAAGGGUACGAUGGGUCUCGCCAACUUGCAGAGGUCGCUCGACACCAUCCAGGCCUUGCUCGAAUUCAUCAUGCAGCCCGAAUGGAAGGAUGUCGUGCCCAUGUUUGGUAUCCUCAACGAGCCCAGGGUCGCAGAUGUCUCGCACGGCAACCUUGGAUCCUUCUACUUGCACAUGCACGAACGAUUCCGAAACCUCACCGGCGUCGGUGAAGGUAACGGUCCCAUUCUCUCGGUCUUUGAAGGGUUCGAGGGUGCCGACAAGUGGUACGGUUUCGCCCAGGGAGGAGAUGGUACCGGUCCCGACAGGAUGAUGUUGGACGUCCACCAGUACACCGUCUUCCAGAUGCCUCAGGACACCCGACCCGUCAUGGAAAUCGCCAACAAGGGAUGCGAAUGGUGGUACGACUCCACUCGAAACACCACCAACCGAUUCGGAUUGUACAACACUGGUGAAUGGUCUUUGGCUUGGAACGACUGCGGUCAAUGGGUCAACGAAGUCGACGGUGGAACUCGAUGGGAAGGAACCCACAAAGACAACCCUGACGGCAUCGUCUAUGGAAGCUGUGAAGAGUGGAUGCGACCUGAACAGUGGAACUCGACCGUCAUCGCCGCCUUGAAGAACACCUAUCUCGCAGGUGUCGAUGCCUUGCAGAGCAACUUUUUCUGGACCUGGAACAUUGGGUCGACCAGCCGAUACGAGAACCCCGCACCCUUCUGGUCGUACAAGCUCGGUCUUCAGAUGGGCUGGAUCCCCGACGACCCUAGAGAGGCUGAAGGCCACUGCCAACGUGUUGCCAACAAGGUGCCUCAGGUCACUUUCACCGGGUACCAGCCCUUUAUGACGGGCGGUGUCGGUGCCGGAGAGGUCCCCGCGUCCGCCUCGGUCGAGUACCCCUGGCCUUUGACGUCGAUGGAACCCAGCUUUGUGGCGACCGACAUGUCCAGGCUGUACCAGUACACACGGACCGGACCUCCUCUUUCGCCUCCAUCGCUCGCUCCCUCGUACAGCGCUCUUCCCAGCAACGUCAGCUCGGCCAUGGCUCCUACGACCACCUAUGCUGCGGUACCUGCAUUCGCUACGGUCUCUGGCUGUUCAUACCCGCCCAUCUACUCGGCUCACGACUUGUCUUUGCCCGCCACUUCUGCUUGUGGAGCCGGUCAACCUUCUGCGGAGGCCUAUUACAAGCGAGCUGUGAUCACACCUGCGCCGAGGGCGUAGGAUCGAUACGGUCGCCACGAUCUUUACGGACACUCAACAAUAUAUGAUGUAUUUGUACCCUCAAUUUACGACCCCGCCUGCCCAUUUGAGACCUUCCCUUGUGUGACAACGACGUAUAAUAUGGCUUCAUCCUUUCGAACCCGUGGCGCGGUUACAGAGGAACUGAAA